UUUCCAGAAAUAGAUAGAAGCAGGACUGGAAGCAAUGGAGAAGUUUAUGGGACGGGUCGUACUAUCCCCAACAAUGGGAAGGCUGAAUGAAGUUGUAGGCAAUGUCCUGACGCCAGUUACCCUCUCUUUGGCUGCAAUAAUAAUCAUCACUCUAGUUUCUCAACGGAAGAUCCAAGGAAGUUUUAAGGGAGCUCCUGUUUGGCCUUUCGUGGGUGUCUUUCCCUCCUUGAUGUUAAACCUGGGACGCCUCUACGACUGGUAUAAUGAUAUCCUUGCUGUAAAUGGCGGAACAUUAAAGUUCCCGGGUCUCUUCUGGAAAACUACCAUAUUGACAGCCGACCCGGCAAACAUAGAGUACAUGGUGAAAACGGCGUACCACAAUUUCGGCAAAGGAGAUUACUUUAAAGAGAUGUUUGGCGACCUGUUUGGAGAUUCCAUUCUUGUACAAGACGGAGAGCCCUUCAAGCAAAUGAACAAGUCCAUCUGUAUGGCGUUCGCCCUUCCAGCCUUCCGAAACAACGCCAUCACGACCUUAUCGACAUCGGUGAACCAAAAGCUGAUUCCCCUGCUCUCUCACGCCGCCGCCAACAAUAUUCCCCUCGAUCUGCAGGAUGUGUUCCGCCGUCUUUCUUUCGACAAUACGUGCUUGGUCGGGUUUGGGAUUGACCCGGCUUCUCUUGCUCUGGAUUUAAGCACGGUUCCGUUCUUGGAUGCGUUUGAUGAGGCGGUGGGGACGUUGCUUUUGAGAGUCAUUGUGCCUCGCUUUUGCUGGAAAAUGAUGAAGUUUUUGCGCAUCGGGUCGGAGGCCCGGCUUCUGUCCAGCCGGGCGAUCGUUUACAAGUUUGUGGACGACCUGCUCGCCCGCCUCUCCGCCGCCGGUUAUGAUCUCUACGAUUCUCCAUGCCUGGGCGCCUUUUGGACCUACAUCCAGCUUGAACGAGAAAGCGGACGGGUUUAUUCCCUUGACAUGAUCCGUUCGUCGAUGGUGAGUCUCAUUAUGGCGGGCAAGGACACGCUUUCCGCCGGGCUGACCUAUUUCUUCUGGCUGGUGGCUCAGCACCCAGAAGUUGAAGCCAAGAUUUUAGCAGAGCUCCAAGGUGUCCUCAACAAGAGGAGUACAAACAAGGAGGAGUGGAGUUUCGGGUUUGAGGAAGUGAAGCAGAUGGAGUAUCUGCACGCCGCACUGUCGGAGAGCCUCCGGCUGUACCCUCCAAUCGUUGCUGAGGGAACGCAGGCAGCCGAAGACGACGUUUUGCCGGACGGUACGCCCACGGAGAAAGGUGCGCAGGUUUAUUAUUCGAUAUACUCGUGCGGCAGGCUGGAGAGCGUGUGGGGGGAGGACUGCCUGCAGUUCAGGCCGGAAAGGUGGCUGCAGAAUGAGCGGUUUGUGAGGAAGUCGGAUUUCAAGUUUGCAGUAUUCAACGCUGGGCCUCGGCGGUGCGCGGGACGGGAGUUUGCGUACUGGCACAUGAAGUGGGCUGCCGCUUCCAUUCUGAUACGCUAUCGCAUAAAGAUGGUUGAUAAACAUCCUGUGGUUCCCAAGUUUACGAUCGUAUUAUCCAUGAAACAUGGUCUGCUUGUCACAGUUCACCCGAGGGAUCGAGAUCGUGUAUGAAACCUACUCAAGUAUCUAGCGUCUUGAUGCAUCUCACUCUUCUAUUUGCUUUCGUCUGACAGUGUUUACAUGCACCCAAAUAUGCUUUUAUCUUUUAUUUUAUAUCCGCCCUACGUAUUACAGGAUUUGGAUCAUCAAUAUUUGGAUUUAGUCGUGUAAGAUUUGUUUACAGUAACAGUUGGAUCAAUUUAGUAAUGUUAUUUAUCAUGGGCAUAAUAGAAAGUUAGAUGAGCAAAUCUU